CUUGCCUCCCUCUCCCCGGUACCUCCGCACCACUUCCUUUCCUUUCUCUAGGCGCUUAUAAUUUCCUCUGAGAACUGUCGAGGGUCUGCGCGUUUACCUCUUCAUUGCACAAUUCAGAGCCUCUGGUUGUCUUCACGGAUUCUGGACAUGGCUCUUCGACAUUUCACACUGCCUCGGCAGUUAAUGCGACCGAGGGUUCGCAGCCCGCUUGGUUACCGCAAAGAUUUCAGAGCUGGCCUCGCAACAGCAGUGCCUCCCGUCACUCAGGAUUCGACCGGCUCCAAGGGCCCGACCGCAAUGGUGUUUCUGAACAUGGGGGGACCGUCGACGACGGAUGAGGUGGAGGACUUUCUAAGCAGGCUAUUUGCGGACGGCGAUUUGAUUCCCCUAGGACGACUCCAAUCCUACAUUGGCCCCCUCAUUGCUCGGAGAAGAACGCCCAAGAUCGUUAAGCAAUACUCGGACAUUGGAGGCGGCUCGCCGAUCAGAAAGUGGUCGGAGUAUCAAUGCGAAGAGAUGUGCAAAAUCUUGGACAAAUUGAAUCCCGAGACCGCACCCCACAAGCCUUACGUGGCAUUUCGCUACGCACAACCGCUGACGGAACAAAUGUACACCCAACUUUUCGAGGACGGAUUUGGAAACGGGAAGGGCGGUCGGGCUGUCGCCUUUUCGCAAUAUCCCCAGUAUUCUUGCUCUACAACGGGAAGCUCGCUCAACGAGCUGUGGAAAUGGCGAAACCGUCUCGAGGGCGUCAGGGCAAAUGGCAACGCGGAUCCCUCCGGGGCGAUUCAGUGGAGUGUCAUUGACCGGUGGCCAACUCAUUCCGGACUGGUGGAGGCGUUCGCACGGAACAUUGAAGACCAGCUCAAGACCUACCCCGAAGACAAACGGAAGGGGGUGGUUUUGCUAUUCUCCGCGCAUAGCCUGCCCAUGAGCGUUGUGAACCGAGGUGAUCCGUACCCGGCCGAAGUUGCUGCAACCGUUCAUGCAGUCAUGCAGCGACUUAAUUUUAGCAACCCUUACCGCUUGUGCUGGCAGUCCCAGGUGGGACCCAAGGCUUGGCUUGGGGCCCAGACGAGCGACACGGUCCAGGAGUAUGUCAAGCGUGGGCAGACAGACAUCGUCCUGGUGCCGAUUGCCUUCACCAGCGAUCACAUCGAGACGCUGUAUGAGCUGGACCUCGAGGUGAUGGAAGAGGCGAACCACCCCGGUGUCAAACGAGCCGAGAGCCUGAACGGAAACCCGGUUUUCAUCGAGGCCCUUGCAGACAUCGCCCAGAAGCACCUGCAAAAGGAUGAGAAAUGCUCGUUGCAGAUGACUUUGCGCUGCCAAGGGUGCCGAAGCGAGAGGUGUCUGGAGCAGAAGAAAUUCUUCGCCGGGGAAAACACCGCGUCGCUUGUCGCUUGAAAGUCGUAUCUCUCCUUGUGGGCUUUAAAAGGGCCAUAGAUUUGGAUUUGUAUAUAUACAGGGGAUCUGGGGAUUCAUGUCCGGCGUUUUUGGUUUCUGUCAUAGUGUAAGAAUCGACUUCAGGCUUGUACAAUAGGAAGCAAUCGACAUGGAUUUGGUAAAGGGUAAACAUGGCAAUUCUAGGCAUGACG